CAUGCGCAACUUGUGCGAGAUUUCGUUUUCACGGGAAUAGCAGAGACCGCAGGCCAUGGCCAUGGUUAUGCCUACGAGUAAGGUUGAUCGGCCUCCUGAGCCAGAUCCAGGGGCUGCAAUUCAACAAAAUUGAAACAAACGGUUAUUUCAUGGAUCAACUAGGGAUUACCAAGGUUAGAAGCCAUUAUCAUAAGUUUUACUUUUAUUUUAAUCUUACUGAACUAGAAUUAGGAUAUUAUAAGUUAUUAAGUAAUAUUGCCGUUUUAGACUCUAAGAUACCUCAAAAUUCGACUAUUAAUGGAGUAUUUACGAUACUUAAAGAUAACUGCGAUUUGUUCAGGGAACAACUUUCAAAAUUUACUCCUAGGGUUAAACGGUCUCUUUUAGAUGGAUUAGGUACAAUUAUAAAAUACAUCACUGGAAACCCCGACAAUAACGACUUAAAAGAAAUUAACAAAAACCUAGACAUUCUUUUUAAAAAUCAGGAUAAACUCUUAAAACAAAUAAAUAAACAAACUUCUUUUGCUAAUCAUAUUACGGAACGUUAUUCAAAUGACAUAAAAAGUAUACAAACCGGUAUAAAUCUAUCGAUACAAACUAUAAACACACUGAGCAGUAUGUUCGAGACACAGUCUAUUGUCCAGUACAGUAAUCAUAUGGCACGAAAAUUACUAAAUACACUCCAAAUGAUAGAAAGAACGAUAUCUCUAGCAUCCUCCAACAUUGUUAAUCUUGAAGUAAUUUCAAAUUCUGAACUAAUUAGUAUUAUUGAUCAUGUAAGAUCGAUUUAUAAACAAACGGAGUUACUAGAUUUAGAUACACAACAUCUGUUUACUAUCUUAGAUUUUUCUAAGGUUCGAAUAGUAUCAGUGUCGCAGAUAAUAACAUGUAUUCUGUACAUUCCUAUCCUCAAUCCAACUUUAUAUCGGUACUCUAGAAUAUAUCCCAUCCCUAACUCUCAAGACAAGGUAAUAAUACCACCAGCAAAAUAUUAUCUCCUGGGCGAAGAAAAAGAAUUUUGGACAGAGGAAGACUGCAAAACAUUCAGAAACCAGACCAUCUGCAUUGAGGAACCACGCAUUGACAAGUGCUCACUUGUACAUGACAUACAUGACUGUAUUUGCGCUAUUGCAAAUAAUAACUAUAGACUAUUUACACAACUAAAAGACGGUAAAAUUUUGAUUUCAUCAAAAUUAGACAUUAAUAUUGUAAACUAA